AUGGCUGAAGCUGUCGCCCAGCCUGCGCUGCAGCAGCCCGGGAGAUCGCUGGGCUUAAUUCCCGUCGGCUUGAAAGAGGCAGCUCUCGAUUCCCCUACUUUUCGAGCAACAGCAGUACACUUUUCGGACCAGGUGGAAAUAAUCGAGAGAUGGCUCGAGGCAUAUAUCAAGUCUAUAUCGAAGCUAUCUCACGAUGUUUUAGCCCUCGACGAGACGUUCAAUGCGUUCCUACAACGCUCAGUUCCUCCCGCAAAUGUCUCCGAGGCUGUGGUGGAUCAUGAUUACACUCUACUGGCCAUGAAGAGAUCCGGGGAAGCCUCAAGGGAUUGGUGGUCACAGGUUAUUGGUGCCAUGAGGAAGAUGGAUGCGAACUUGGUCGAACCCAUAAAGUCGUUCCUGAACGGGGAGCUUCGAAACUUCAAAGAUGCCAGACGCUACCUCGAACACUCCCAAAAAUCGUUCGAUGUUACCCUGGCAAGAUAUUUGGGCCAGUCAAAGACGAAGGAGCCAUCAUCACUACGAGAGGACGCAUUCCAGGUGCAUGAGACUCGGAAAGCUUACCUUAGAGCAUCUUUGGAUUUCUGCAUACUUGCUCCUCAGCUGCGCUACACAAUCGACAAGCUUCUCAUUCACAUCUCUGUAGAUCAGUGGCGCGAGAUGAAGCGCCACCAUGAGAUAACUGGUUUAAACUUGACCAAAUGGGGCGGCGAAAUGGAUCGAGUCCGAGGCUGGAGUAAAGAGAUGGAAGCCGGAGAAACUGUUUUCAGACGGGAAUUACAGACUGCGAGAAGAGAGAUUGCAGAAACUACUUCCCAAGCUUCCAAACCUUCUCGAGAACUGGAGGAUUAUAACCUUUCCACGGUCGCUUUUCUUGGUUCCAAGGGACCCUCCACAGUCAAUAUACAUCUCCGGAAAAAGGAGGGUGAGAAAUCGGGGAAGCAGAGCUGGCUAUUUUUACGAACAAUAUCUGGGAAGCCGGCUAGGACUGCAUGGGUACGACGAUGGUUUUAUGUCAAAAAUGGAAUAUUCGGAUGGCUCGUGCAGGGUGUUCAUUCGGGUGGUGUUGAGGAAAGCGAGAAAAUUGGCGUUUUGCUAUGUAAUGUGAAGCCAGCUGUUCAGGAAGAGCGAAGGUUUUGCUUCGAGGUUAAGACCAAAAACCGGACAAUUCUACUUCAAGCGGAAACACAGGCGCAGCUGAUGGAAUGGCUGGAAGCUUUCGAGGUCGCGAAGAAUGAGGCUCUUCAAGCCAGCGUCAAUGACAACCAUGCCCACCCCGGAGGCGUUGAUCCCGCUUUUGCCAUUACGGCUCCAUCAGUUCCUGAAUUUGCUGCCAAGACUUUGGAUGGCCAUAUUGCUCACGGUAGUGAUGACCUCGCCAAUCCUGGUUUUGACCGUGCCGGCACCUUACCAGUUCCUGGGACUGACAUGGGAAACCUGGCCUCAAGAGGCAGCUUCGACGUCACCGGCCCACGUCGUUCUGUAACCACGAGGGAAGAAGGCGAGAGUAGCCGUGACCAUGCAGCAAGAAUUAUGCAGAAACUCGACCUACACCGAAAGACCACGACUUCUCAGACUGAUAACCCCCCUCCUACGCCAUCCGCUUUGGCUGGUGGUGGUAUUGCUAGUCUUAUAUCUGCAAGUCACAACAUUUUGCCCGCAAGUUAUUCAAAUUUUCCCAUCUCGCAGGUUGGCCCUGCUCGACCACAACUGACAUUGCCACAAAUAACGGAAUCUCAUACAAGCACCCUCGCGCCGGCUACUCUGGCGAACCCGCCCGCUCCUACUAACUUAAGUAAAUCCGUUGUUAUUAUCGGUGGAGAACGUGGUAUUGGUAUUGGCCGAAGCGAUGCACCGGGCGGCAUGCCGGGGAGCAUGAUGGCGAAUCUUUGGGGUAGUAGCAACUGGGGAUAUGUCAAUCGAAUCGAAAGGCCGGAUACGAAAUCUUCGAGCUUGACAAGUCCUUCUGUCCCUCCAAGUCCAAGUGUACGGCCUCUUGAGCCAUCCCCAAAAUUUGAUGGGGACGAUAAUAGCAAAUCCGACACUGCCCUAUCAGAUGCCAAACAGAUAUCGAUCCGCACGCCCACUACUCCUCUGGCUUCUACUCCAGUCUCUACGCAUCGAAAAGCAAUAAGCGUCGACCUCGAGGCAAUGCGGUCGCAAAUCUCUAGCCCCAAACCAGAGGUCUUUCCAAGUAACUAUCCUUUGGAGCUCAAGACCCAAGAGGCUCAAUUUCGCAUGCUCUUCCCAGAUGUACCACAAAAGGAAAAACUACUUCUUGUUUUCCGAGCAACAUGGAAUCCAAAUGAACAGCAAGAAUUCCCUGGAAGAGUUUAUGUCACCCAGAAGGACUUUUAUUUUUAUAGUCACCAUCUCGGUCUCGUCUUAAUCACAGGUGUGAGCAUGGAUAGCGUAGUGGAAGUCACCGCUGCACCAGGCAAGGAUUGUGAUUUUAUAUUCCUUCACCUCCGUGAAGACGCCACCAAGGGAAAUUUUACGAGAGUUACGAUCAAGACCUUCUUAGAGCCUCUUCGGCUUUUGCAGUCUCGACUCAAUUUUCUAGUUGAUACAUCCCAAUCAGAGGAGUCAUUCAAUCUGGAAGAUACAAUGUCAACAUUAAUCAGAAUGGAGAACGAAGAUCCAACUAGAAGCCCAAGCUUAGAAAGCUGGGAGGACGUUUCAAUGAACACUCCAAUUGAUGACGGUACCCUGUCAGGGAGACUCCGCAGGAACCGAGAUUUGAGAACUUCCAUUCACGUCGAGGCAGGACUUCACCUGGGUAGACGCAACAAGGAAAUCACAAAAUUCCAGUUGCCAUCACAGCCUGUGGUAUUUGAGCCAGAGGGGAUGCAGCAGAAGGUUAUUGAAAAACAAUUCGACAUUAGUGCGAAAGGCCUCUUCCACGUCAUGUUUGGCGACAAGAGUGCUGUCUUUCAACUCCUCUACCAUGAUCGCCGCGCCCAGCGUAUUGCUCAAUGUCCUUGGGUGCAUCUAGAGGGAGGGCACAUGCGACGAGACUUCGAGUUUCAAAUCGAUUAUGUUGAUAUAUUUCGCCGAGCGCGUCAGGCGAACGUCGUCGAUUAUCAGAUUAUUGAUGUCAUGAACGACCAUAUUUGUUACGUCGUUUCUGACAUGAAAACCCCCUGGCACCUACCGCACCGAAAAGAUUUCAUGGUAGUCGCUAAGAUCGUCAUCACGCAUGUUGCAAAGUCACAGUGCAAAUUAGCUAUCUACACAAAAGUUGAUUGGUCGAGAGCUCCUAAAUUCUCAAAAGGUCUCGUCGAACGACAGGCUCUCGAUGAUGCAUCGCUUGAUGCUCUGGAGCUGGCUGAUGUUGUAUCUCACGAAGUGCGGAAGCUUGGACCACAUAGAAACAGGACGAAGAAAGCGAUCAAUAUAUUCGGCUAUGUCGGUCAUCAAACCUCAGUCUCGAUGUUUUCCGCUACGGAGUCUGUCAACUCAAAAAGGCCACUGAUCAAACCGCGAACUCUGACAAAUAUGUUAUUUGAGACUCUUGGGUCAUUCGGCGAAAGUGCCAUAACGUCCGUGAUGAUGUGGACAUUUGCCGCUCUUCGGUCCGUAUGGAAAGCCGCAAGCGCUCAUAGUAUAAUUCUGAUAGCUCUAUUAUUGAGCGUUCUCGUGAAUGCAUUCUUCACCUCGAGGGAUACGUCAGACUGGUGGGCUGAGCGAAGCGCUACAAAAUUUAUGAAUCGAAUCGGCGUUGGCCCAAAUCCUAUCAUGGGCAAGGCUAUCUACAUAAAGGAUCUUGAUGAUGCCUUGAGAGCAGUGCCGACAGAUUUAGUAGAGCAGGCGGGAGGUAAAUGCUACGAUCAUUUUAGAGAGAUUGCCAAUAUUACUGAUCUAGACUCACCAUAUGAAUCGGCGGGUGCAUUCUUCUCCUCGAGUCCCGCUCGAUCUACGGCUCGACGACUGCGACGAACACGGCAGCACCUUGGCACAUACCGCCAUGAUUUGACAGUGGCCAUGCGUGUAGUUAACAAUAUUGACCGAGAGGUUAUGAGAGCCGAAUGGGAAAAUUGGCUUCUCGAUGAGAACGGCAGGUGCAAACAGGUACUAGAUUUACUACGAGACAAAGGGGCUAAGUCUUCAUCAAAUAAAAAGCCCCGAGAACCCCAUUCUCAACAGGUCAUCGAAGCGACGGAAAAUGGUCAGAGAGAUAAGCUCGAAGAGAUGCGAAAGUGGCACGAAGAGUACUGCGGUAGUUGUAGGCUCGAACAGGAUAAGUUGCUCAAAGGUGCCAAGCAUUUAGCAUUUAUUUAA